AUGGACGCAAAACAUAAGUCCCCUUCCUCUAAAGGCUUAUUGGAAUCGGGGGGAAAUGGGUGUCGUUCUCUUCCACCUGUGGGAUGCCAUUUAGCACCAGGAACGUACGAAAUCAGCGGAUCAAUACAGGAUCUACUCAAUAAAAGAGUUAGCAGUCGUGGGCCUUACGAUCUACUAACUGGACCAAGAAAUAAUGAGAGUGUAUCCGAGUACCCAGAACCUGGGACAUAUCCGAUCAGUUCAUUCACAUCCGAUCUUUUGAAACCUGAUAAACGAUAUGCUGGGAAGUUUCGUAGACUUAUUGAUGAAAAUAGAAAAAGUGAUAAAUUUUAUUCUAGUAGUAUGCAGAAUAAAAUAAUUGCUUCCAAAUUGGGACCAGGUUAUUACAAUCCAAAAUAUCCGAAUGAAGAAAGAAACAGUUUCAACAAUCAAGCACCGUCAUUCCUCUCCAGUUCUUCACGUGACGCAUACUCUUUAUUUUCUGUUAGACGGACUCCUGUAGGUCCUGGACGGUACGAUUCAGACAGAUAUGACCAGUCUCGUUGUAUUUCAGGGGCUGUGUGCUCCUUUGAUUCCACUUCAUCAGCCCGUCUAAGUUUAAAAGAAGCUAGAAAAAUAAGAGAACGUCUCCGUCCAAUCAAUGUACAGGUUUGCCAAAAGUUCAGCAAUACAAACCAACGUACGAUCCCACUGAUAGCAUAG